AGAAGGAGGAGGAAGAAGAGGCGGAAGCGGCGGCGGGCGAUGGCCGGGGCGCUGCAGCGCGGGGUGCGGCGCUUCCCCUGGCUCUGCAACGUGCUGCUCUACGGGGGGCUGUUCGCGGCGGGGGACGCGGCGCAGCAGCUGCUGCGGGGACAGCCGCCCGACUGGGCGCAGACGCGCCGGGUGGCGCUGGUGGCCCUGGCCUUCCACGGCAACUUCAGCUACGUGUGGCUGCGGGCGCUGGAGCGGGCGCUGCCCGGCCGCCGCCCGCCCGCCGUGCUGGGCAAGGUGCUCUGCGAUCAGCUGCUGGGCGCGCCCGUCGCCGUCCUCGCCUUCUACACGGGUAUGAGCAUCCUUCAGAGGAAAGAGGACAUCUUUUCAGACUGUAAAAAGAAAUUUUGGAAUACAUAUAAGACAGGACUGAUGUACUGGCCUUUUGUGCAGCUGUCAAACUUCAUUUUGAUCCCAGUUCACCUGAGAACAGCUUACACUGGGCUCUGUGGCUUUGUCUGGGCUUCCUUCAUUUGCUUUUCCCAACAGAGUGGAGAUGGCACAGCAAAGUCAGCCUUCAUGUGGCUCCAAGGAGAGAAGGUCAAUGCAGAUGAAGAGCCAUCAGAAAAAUAAGAACUUUAGUUCUGAACACAUUCUAAAUUGCUAAACUGGGUUUGUGAAAGUCAGUAAAUCACACUGCAGCCUCAUUGUUGUGUUUAAAAUAAGCAGUUAUCUCAACAUUUGGUGGUUAGUAUAAGCAGUGGAACAGUUUGUCUUUGUGCCUGUUCAUUUUUCAUAAAAGAGGCCAGUUGUAUAUUGACAUUUAAUUAUUUUCAUGCUGUCAGCCCAUCUCAUCUGGAAACAACUGACUUACAGGGCAAUGUAAGCAUUUGUACAUCAUGUCAGACUGCCUCACUGGGGAGAAAUAUUAACUGUAAUUUAAUUUUCAAGCAACUUGUAAUUGCUAGAAAAAGGAGAAUAGAACAUUAAAUCAUCAGUUGUCGCACUUGACAAUUGUUAUCAAUGCAAGAUCACUUUGCAGAACAAAAUUUAAUGGAUUUCAUAUCUAAAAAGUGGCAUUGAAUUUGUUUAAUUGAGAGGAAACAAAAGUGCUGUGUUUGUAAACCCUACAUUUCUAUGGAGCCAACUUGUUUUAUUCUACAUGAAAAUUUAUAUAGGAAAUUAAUUAUUUCAUAGAAUAUACAAACCUGGACUGUGUUUGUACAUGUUUUAUCUUAGCUGGGGGAAUAAAGAUUACUUUGGUCAGAACCCUUUGGGGUGGGUGCUGCCCAUUGCCCCUUGGGGUCAGUCAUGCAGCUCCUGCACAGUGGAACCCUCCCCAGCACUGCAGGGAGCUUUGGUUCUGUGUGCAGCCACUGCUUCCUUUGCUCCUCAAGGGUCAUGGGAGUCUUGACUCCUCUACUCUUUUCAGCUGUUUCAUCAUGCUGAAGAGAUAAUCAAAAUUUUGAAGGAAAAGAGCAUGGGAAGGAAGGUGGCAUGAAUAGCAGAAGCCAGCUAUAUGUAUCAGGAACUUCCAUUUUUUCCUCAAAUGGCUUUUAAACAUUCCUAUUCAUAGAAGACACUGGGUAAUUAUACAUAGGAGACUAGGAGAAGAUGAAAAUUAAUUUAUGGAUUUGCUUUGUCAGGUCUGGAUACGGGUAUUUUUAAAAUGUGCAUAUGUAUCUCAAAAGCGGAACUGUGCAAAUUUCUAUGAUUGCAGUAAGCUGAAAUCAGGCAAGUAAAGGAGCCCUUGCUAUAUUAGAAUGGGAUUUUAUGCCUUGAAGUUACUAAAUUGUAAGCUUGAAAGAGUGUCUGAUUUAAUGGGUCUGAUUCUAAAGAGAAGACUCAUCCCUCUGUUACAACAAUAAUAAACCCCUCUGAGGAAUGUGUGAAUUCCUCAGCCUUGUCUAAAUAGUGUACCAAAGCCUGCCUAGGCAAUAAAUAUCCAUUCUUUUGGCCAGCAACUGUACUGCUUUGUAUAUUGCUAACAAUUACUUGUCACUGUAGGAGCACAGUACAGGUUAGCUGAGAAAGGAAAAGGGAUCAUGCAAGCACUGCCCAAAUCUAUUUCAGGUAAAAACAACUUGUUUAGCAAAACCUAGUGGUAAGGAGUGAUGCAAAGUGCCCACAUGGCUUUGGCCAGAGGACUGCAGCAGUGGGAGGAGGGGAGAAGGCAGGGGGCUGCUUCCACAGCCUGUUCUGUUCUGCUGGCAGGCAGGUGGAGCAGGUGCCUUCCCUCUCAGCGUGGACAAGUCGCUGCAAUUCCAUCUUCAGCUGUACAGGCAGAUGUGGAAGAGCACACCUGCCUACAGCCUCAAGGUAGAAUUAAUUUUAAUUGACUUUUGACACCCUUGGCAUGGACAUCUCCAGCUUGGCUAAGUGUUUUAACUCUGUAUGUUGAAAUGUGCACUGAAGGGCCCAUUUCUGUCCCUCUGUGACAUGGAGGCUCAGGUGAGUGGCUGCUGUGUCAAUAGCUUGUAGAAACUUAUAUUUGGUGAGUUGAAUUCCCCUGCUGGAUGUUGCUGCAUGAAUCACAAAGUGUGAAUUGAGCAGUCCUGAUGCUGGACAUCCCAGGAGGAGUAGAAAUGCACAGAGGAACUAACUGAAUUUUGUCCGUCUAUUUAAAAAAUGAGUGAACAGAUGCUUCAGACAGCCAUAGCUGUUCAACUGUUCUUGUGUGUAUAAAGUCCUCAGGAUAAAGAAGCAGUUUCAGUAGUGUUUUUUUCUGUUGAUAUUUUUGGAAUCAAACUGGUAUUCUAAAGUCUAUUCUGUUUAGUAAGAGCUAAAAGUUUCAGGUAAGGUGUUCUAAUUAAGUAUUUAACUUUUUUUUUAGACAUGCUAUUUAUUUUUAUUUCUGCUCGUGCCUUAAGUGUUUAAUGAUUAAUAGCAUUCACUUGAAGAAGGGAACUGGAAAAUAAUGUCAUUACAAGGGGAGUGAAAUGCUGUUGUUUGCUGUAAGUAGUAUGUGAUAUUUUGCUGUAACUCAGAGCAAAAAAUCUUUCUUCAUGGGUAUGGUAGGUGAAACUGAAUUUCCAGAUGAAUCAAGAAUUUAUAACUCAUGAUCUGUAUAAUGCUGAUGCCUUUUUUCAUCAGGACUAACCCUUUAAAAAAAGAUCCAUCUUUUACUUUAAAUGGCUUAGAAGCUUAUACAAGCUGUGCUUUAUUGCUCUUGCUUUUGUGCUGCCAGAUUUCUGCUUGGGAAUUUGAGCUAAAUCUUGUUUUGUCUUCAAGUUUCUCUGGCUGGGGAGUUCAGGAUUUCUCUCCAUCUUUUAUUACUUGAAGUACAGUUCUUUCAUGUAAUGGAAGCCUGUGGCUCUUAUGUUUCAGUAGACUUUAGAUCCUGCAUAAUCCUUUCACUUUCUCCAUUUCUCUUGUUAAGGCACUUGACAGCUAAGUAACACAAAUCCCUUUUCACAUCAGAAAAUUUGUGGUUUUUUCCUUUUAAUUGUGAGCACUGAUUGGUCUGACAAACAUUUCAGACCCACAAAAUGCAAAAUAAUGAAGCUGCGUUGGGACAAUUUCUCAGUGUGCGUAAAUUAAUGGACCUUCUAAAGAUUUUAUUCUUCUGACAGUUUAUGAGGACUUAAUCCCUUAGUUGUUAGAGCCUUCAUGAUUCCUUGAUACCUUUUUGGAUUACAAGAUUAAUUUCACAGGAUAACAGAAUAGUUGAGUUUGGAAAGGACAUCUGUAUGCCCAUCCCAGGUAGUCUAGUCCAACCCUAUUUGACACAUAUGUAAACUUUAGUUUGCUUCUUCUAACAACUCAGUAAUUUUCUGGGGGAAUAAAAAAAGAAAUAAGAAAAAGAUGGGUGAGAUUUAUCCUAAUGUCUCUCUGCUACCCUUUCAAAAACAGUCAUAAGGGCUUUAUGACUAUUUCCAGGAAUUGCACUGAUCUUACUGCCAGCUGAACAUGCAGGUUUCCACAACCAGCAGGAUGAACAGAAUUUUACAUCACGUAGGUGCUCAGAAAGGAGCAACACACUGCCAGUAGCUAUUAGGCCUGCAGUCAGGUGAUAUUUUUAUGUCAUGGAUCCUCUCUAAGAGCAAAUGGAAUGCACAGAUAUUUAUAUCAGUUCCAGCUCCAUGUUAUUCUGGAUGGCUGUGGAGAUGUGGAGUCUGAAUUUGGUAAAAUGAGAAUUUCAAAAUUUAUUUUUCUACUGCAAAUCUUUUAUGUAAAUGAACCUUCUGUGCUUACUAGUAUGCUAAAUACAUCCUUCUUGGAAAAUUCACCAGAAAGCCUCUAUCUUUUCACACCAGAAGCACCCACCCAGUAACACAGCAUAAAAUAACCAGUUCCUACUGCAGUGAAGGUGAAACUGCCUCUAGUCUGUUACCAUAUCUGAUAUAUUGAGUUCUCUUUAUAGAACAACCUUUGAAAUCUAUGCAGCUUCAGCCUUCCAAUUCUCUGCUCUAAGUGCCAGCGCUUCCUGCUUGUGCUGCUGCCUCUACUGCUACUGCCAAUCCAGUGAGAUGUGCAAGAAUUACUUGAAUUUUACUAAAAUAAUGAAUUUCAAGCUGACUGAAAUUGUCUAUGUUUUUGCAAAGGCUUAAUAAACAUUAAAUGCUG